CAGAUCGACUUAAGCCUUAACCAAAUCCAAUUAACCCUUAACCAAUGUUUUUUGCAAAAAAUUUGAAAAUUUUAACCCUUAUGACUGUCAUGUUCUUUUAACACUCCUUCUUAAGGGUUAAUUGGAUUUGGUUAAGGGUUAAAUGAGUCGGUUGGUGGUUAAUUGGAUUGAUUAAGGGUUAAAUGGAUUUGGUUAAGGGUUAAUGGGAUUUGGUUAAGAGUUAAUUGGACUUGGUUAAGGGUCACAUGUGAUCAAAAAAUUUAAGAGGGUCUACAAAAUUUUUAAAUUCCAGUGAAUACCAAUUUUGAAUCUUGAAUAGUGUAUCCCUUCCGCGCCAUUUACGCGCAUCUUCAAUUCCUCCACUAUUUACUCCUCAUUAUUUCGUGGUAUUUAAAUACAUUUGACAAAGCCCUAUAAUGGAGAAAUUGGAAAAUUGUGAGGUAUGUGCAAAAAUGACGGCCAAAUACACUUGUCCCAAGUGCGAGGUUAGAACAUGCAGUCUCACGUGUGUAAAUAUCCACAAGAAAGAACUCGACUGCGAUGGAAUACGUGAUAAAACAAAAUUCGUCCCCUUGAAUAAAUUCACUGACUUGGACCUGCUGAGUGAUUAUCGGUUGCUUGAAGAAGUGGGAAGAUCGGUCGAUCAACUCCACAGGGAUGAAUCUAAAAAAUACGGUCGAUUUCGCAAUUUACCAACACAUUUACAUAAAUUAAGACAGGCAGCAUUGAGGAGCAAAGUACAACUGGAAUUUAUGCCAUACAAUUUUUCUAGACACAAAGAAAAUACAACGUUUUUUAAUUGGAAAAGUCAUGAAUUAUUUUGGAGGAUUGAGUGGAUAUUUCCUCAGGCUGGAAAUACUAAGUGGGUGACACAAAGAGCUCUUGAGACUUCACGGAUAUCAGAUUUGUUAGAUAAUAUACUGGACCCAUUAAUUUGUAAUGAAGCCAGUGCUGAUGACAUGACUCAGAGAAAAGUACUCGCUGAUAAACUUCAGUUUUAUCGUUCCUCUGGUCUAAGCGGAAUUAAAGCACUCCUAAAGGCUGAGAAAGUCAAGAAAUCAGAUUCUAGAUUUUACGAACUCGAUAUCACAGACAGUCUCAAGGAGAAUCUAGCCAAUAAAACGAUCAUCGAAUUUCCCACGAUCUAUAUUACUCUCAAGGAUCAUGCAGACAUGUUUGAAAUUAUUGAUUCAGAUGCAGAAAAAGAAGAGCCAGAAGAAAAAUCAGAUGAGUCGAUGAGUAAUUGGAAAAAUAGGAGAAAUAAUCGAACAACUAAAAACAUCCAUCAUGAUCGUAAAGUAAAGAAAGAAGAGAGUCCUGUAAAUUUUUUCUUCAACAACAACACCUCAGAUUCAUCAGAUUCCGAAAAUAAAUAAAUGGAUCAGAAUUGAUGAUGACAGAAUAAUUAUUUUAUUACAUGUUUAUUUUCCACUUUUAUUAAUUAAAACAUAUUUUCUCGUCAAUAACUGUCCACAAAAUUGCCGUGAAUACUAAAUACAAUUGAGUCUCCAGUAUUAAUGAUUGGCUAUAGCAAAAUUAAUUGAUCAUCCAUUACCCGCUCAUCACACAUCACAAAUAUCUCCAAUAUCUUUGAAUAAUAUAUAAACAUACCGGAUAUUCAGUCUCUCCAAUGUUAUGAGAGACUAAA